GAUAGUGAUUGGCUUGACUUUCUUGUUUUCUCCGAUUUCUCUCUCGCGGAGCUUCUGUCAGGCUUCUCCCUCACCAACCUUUUCUCUCUCACGAAGCUUUGGCCCCAUAUCUGUCUCUCAUGAACUUCGGUUGUUGGCACAAAUCGGUAUCGUAAAAAGGCGUAGGGAGGCAGAAAUUUCUAGGAAGAACAAGGCUUCAGUGAGUUGACUCAACAGCUUUUGACAUACAGAAGGUUUAGAAGUCUGCAAAUAUGAGUGACAAUCUGAUGGAGAAAGUGACUGCUCUUGGGGAACGCCUUAAGAUCGGAGGUACUGAGGUGGGGCGGAAGAUGAGUGCGGGCAUGAGCUCAAUAAGCUUCAAGAUGAAGGAAAUCUUCCAAGGUCCAAACCAGGCUGAUAAGCUUGUCGAGGAAGCCACCUCUGAGGCCCUUGAGGAGCCUGAUUGGGCCAUGAAUCUUGAGAUAUGUGACAUGAUGAAUCAUGAGAAAAUCAGUAGUAUUGAAUUGAUCCGUGGCAUCAAGAAGCAAAUUAUGAUGAAGAACCCUAGAGUUCAAUAUUUGGCCUUAGUUUUACUUGAAACGUGUGCAAAGAAUUGCGAGAAGGCUUUCUCGGAAAUUGCAGCUGAGAGGGUGCUCGAUGAAAUGGUGAAGCUGAUUGAUGAUCCACAAACUGUUAUUAAUAAUCGAAACAAGGCUUUAUUGAUGAUAGAGGCUUGGGGAGAGUCAACCAAUGAGCUACGCUAUUUGCCUGCGUAUGAAGAAACAUAUAAGAGCUUAAAAUCUAGGGGUAUCCGAUUCCCUGGUCGUGACAAUGAGAGUUUGGCUCCUAUUUUUACACCUCCUCGUUCUGUAUCAGCUCCAGAAGUGGAUGCUGUCCUCGCACAACAGAUUGAGCGUGGGAUUCCUGUACAGAGCUUCACUGCUGAACAAACGAAGGAAGCAUUUGAUGUGGCAAGAAACAGCAUUGAACUUCUUACAACAGUUUUAUCAUCUUCACCACAGCAAGAUGCUCUAGAGGAUGACUUGACAGUGACCCUUGUGCAACAAUGCCGUCAGUCCCAGACCACCGUUCAGAGAAUAGUUGAGACAGCUGGAGAUAAUGAGGCCUUACUUUUUGAAGCUUUGAAUGUGAAUGAUGAGAUCCAGAAAGCCCUCUCUAAAUAUGAAGAUAUGAAGAAGCCAUCAGUUGCUCAUCACGAGCCAGAACCUGCUAUGAUUCCCGUCUCUGUUGAGCCUGAUGAGUCACCUCGUCAUGCUAAAGAAGAUGCACUGAUUAGGAAACAUGCUGGUUCUCGAGGUGGAACCCCUGGAGCAAGCAAUGAUGACAUGAUGGAUGAUCUCGAUGAGAUGAUCUUUGGGAGAAAGAGCGGAGGUACAUCUGAUGGUUCGCAUGAUGGAAAGAAGCAGCAAUCCCCGAAAGAUGAUCUCAUCUCCUUUUGAGCUGCUUUGCUGAGGGUGUUCUUGAAAUGAUGAGCAGUUAGGUUUGAUAUUUGUUGACUGUUCAUUUACUUGUUACAAAUUUUUUUCUGCUUUCCUUCUGUUACUAAAUUUAUAUUUGGAUAUGAUGUCAUGAUUACAUUGUGUGGUACAAAUGGGAGAUUUAUAUGAACAUGUUUUACAGUGUGACUCA